CAACGGCUUUCUUUCCCAUCAGUUCAGUCUGCCCCAAGCUUGCUGGCUGCCACACUUAGUGCUAGUGUGUCAGGCUGGGGCUAUCUGAGCCAUGAACAGCUUCAGGGGUGCCAUCCUUAUCUGGGCAGUGGCAGCAUGGGCUAAAAUGAACAAACCUCUGGGAGACACAGAUGAAGAUGGAUUUCAAAAAUGCAAGAUUGCCUUAAAACUACCUGUUCUGGCAGUCUUACCUGGAGGCGGCUGGGAUAAUCUGAGGAAUGUGGACAUGGGACGGGUGAUGAACUUGACUUACACCUACUGCAGGACCACAGAGGAUGGACAGUACAUCGUCCCUGAUGAGGUCUUUACCAUUCCCCAGAAAGAGAGCAACCUGGAGAUGAACUCAAAAAUCCUGGAGUCCUGGGAGAAUUACCAGAGUAGCACCUCCUACUCCAUCAACAUGGAGCUCUCCCUUUUUUCCAAAGUCAACGGCAAGUUCUCUCCUGAGUUCCAGAGGAUGAAGACCCUUCAGGUGAAGGACCAAGCUGUAACUACCCAGGUUCAGGUAAGAAACCUGGUCUACACAGUCAAAAUCAACCCAGAUGCAGAGCUAAGCUGGGGGUUUAAGAAGGAGCUCUUGGACAUCUCUGAGCGUCUAGAGAAAAACCAGACGCGGAUGGCCACCUACUUGGCGGAACUGCUGGUCCUCAACUAUGGUACCCAUGUCAUCACCAGUGUGGAUGCAGGGGCUGCUCUCAUUCAGGAGGACCACAUCAGAUCUUCCUUGCUCCAGGACAGCCAGAGCAGCCGCAGUGCAGUGACAGCGUCCGCUGGAAUCACCUUCCUAAACAUCGUGAACUUCAAAUUUGAGGAGAACCACACCUCACAGAACGCCUUCACCAAGAGCUACCUCUCCAACCGAACCAACUCCAGGGUGCAGAGCAUUGGAGGGCUUCCUUUUUACCCAGGCAUCACCCUCCAGACCUGGCAGCAGGGCAUCACCAACCACCUGGUGGCCAUGGACCGAGCUGGCCUGCCUCUGUAUUUCUUCAUCAACCCUGACAGGCUGCCUGACUUGCCAGGACCCUUGGUGAAAAAGCUGUCUAAGACAGUGGAAACUGCUGUAAGACGCUAUUACACGUUCAACACCUACCCCGGCUGCACAGAUAUCAACUCGCCCAACUUCAAUUUCCAGGCCAACAUUGAUGAUGGCUCUUGCGAGGGGAAGAUGACCAAUUUCUCCUUUGGCGGGGUUUACCAGGAAUGCACCCAGUUCUCAGGGAAUGAGGUUGUCCAACUCUGCCGAAACUUGGAGCAGAAGAAUCCACUCACUGGGAAUUUCUCCUGCCCCUCUGGCUACACCCCAGUCCAGCUGCUCUCCCAGACCCACGAGGAGGGUUACAACCACCUGGAGUGUUCACGGAAGUGUACCCUCCUUAUCUUCUGCAAGACGGUGUGUGAAGAUGUCUUCCGGGUGGCCAAGGCAGAAUUUAGGGCUUUUUGGUGCGUGGCUAGUGGCCAAGUACCUGAAAACUCAGGACUACUUUUUGGUGGCCUCUUCAGCGAUAAGAGCAUCAACCCUUUGACAAAUGCACAGUCAUGCCCAGCUGGCUACUUUCCACUGAGACUUUUUGAAAACCUCAAGGUAUGUGCCUCUCAGGACUAUGAGUUGGGAUAUAGGUUUUCCGUCCCAUUUGGCGGGUUCUUUAGCUGUGCAGUCGGGAACCCCUUGGUGGAUGCUGCCAUGUACAAAGAUUUAGGGGCACCUUCUCUAAAAAAGUGUCCAGGGGGUUUCAGCCAACACCUAGCCCUCAUCAGUGAUGGGUGCCAAGUGUCUUACUGCGUCAAAGCCGGGCUUUUUACAGGAGGGUCUCUGCCUCCCGUCAGGCUCCCACCUUACACCCAACCACCCCUCAUGAGUCAGGCUGCCACCAACACUGUCCUAGUGACUAAUCUUGAGACUGCAAGCUCCUGGAUUAAAGAUUCCCAGACCCACCAGUGGAGGCUCGGAGAGCCUCUCGAGCUUCGCCGGGCCAUGAAGGUCAUCCAUGGGGACGGUAGUGGUCUCUCUGGAGGGGCAGCAGCCGGGGUCACACUGGGGGUCACCACCAUCCUGGCAGCUGUCAUUGCCCUGGCCAUCUACGGCACCCGGAAGUACAACAAGAGGGGAUACCAGGCGGUCCAAGACGAGAGGCAGAGUUUGGUUACAGGCACGGCUGUGAAUGGAGACGCCCUUGACCAAGAACAGGCGCAGAGUCCAGCCUAGGCUCUCCCAGGAAACUAUUUCUCUUGUCUCCGGCCAGAGCUUCAAACAUGUCUUUCAGUUUUUCUUUCCACUUCUGCUUUCCUAAGUAUUGAUGUGGUAAAUGCAACAAAAGGCAGGUAUAACUUUGGGACUUUCUUAGGUCUUUGGGCCAGAAAAUGAAUAGAGCUACGUGGACAAAGUUGUGGGAGAAGUGGGAGAACAGUUGUGACUUUUUAAGCAAAAGUACUCCUGGAGCCUAAAACACUAGGGAGGUGUCUUUUCUCUACCUGCGUCAGUAAGUAUCUUCACCUGAAUGCCCAUGUGUAAAAAGAGAGGAGGGAGAAUGUUGAUAUUUGAAUUUGAAGACGCAUUUAAUCUGAGGUCAGCCAUGGUUUCCAAUUCAUGAGCUCUAAGAAUUUAUGCCCUUACGUGUUACCCUCCCACUAUUUUGUGUUUUUAAAAAGCUGUCUGGAUUUCAUACUCCUGGAGGCGGACAGCGCCCCCAGAAGACACAGGAGGUCCUGCUUGACUAUUGCUUUUCAGCUUUGAGGGCUCUGAAUUGAUGAACUAACUGUGUCAUCUCCUCUGGGUCCUCUCAACAUCAUCUGAACCGAGAGAUGGUGCCUAUACUAGGCCCACUUUCUCCAACUUCACCACAGUUAAGACUUACUGAGACCAGGCCGCUCUUGGGCUUCAGACUAGGGUCAUAAAGUCCUCAGAAAACAUUUUAACAUAUAAACUUCUAUUAAGAGGUCAAGGGAGAAGGGAUGGUUUGGAGACCAGGAGUGAGUGAAGAAAGGGUAAAAACUAGAAAAGAUUCUGGUGCUCAUGGGAAAUUGAAAUUCUUACCCACAGCCAACUACUUGGUUUUGUCCUCUUAGCUCAUCAUAAAUGGGCAAAGAAAGGAGCUGCAGGUUUGGAUAGAUCAAGCAUUACCAUCUCAUUUUCUGUUACCAAGGUACAAUCCCUUUCUCUUCCAUGGAUGGCCAUCCCCCCUUCAGGUCGUCCCCAUCACAUGCACACACAUCCUCAAACACACACACACCACAUUCCAACAAGAAGUCUGCAUUUUUCUGGGGGUGGGAGACAAGAAAAACACAAUAAGUCAAAGUAAGCCCACACCUAAGUAUCACUUCAUCCCUAAAACCUAAACAGAGUAAAAAAUUACCAAUUAGGUACCCUACCCUUAUUUUUCUUUUCCAGCAGAAAGGGUGUUGACAUGAUCAAAUCAAUUCUUUUAAAUGAAACGAAAAAGCCAUCCAACGUCAUUUGUGACACAUUUAUUUCAGUUCCAGGCUGACUUCCCUGGGUCAUGUAGCAUGAUACAUGAUUGUUACUUGGCAGUUGGGGCUUUGCCCAAUUUUAAAAACAGUGUCACCUAAUUGUAAUUAUUAGGGUGAAUCUGUUAAUAUUCUUCUGCAACGUUUUUUAGAGUUACAUAUUUCUUCACCAAAUCAAAUGUCAUUGGUGAGUUAUCUUUUAUGAAGGAUAAUUUGUCCUCAUUAACAUUCACAGUCAAGAGUUUAGGCUUAUAUUAGAUCCUUCUUCUGAGUAGCUUGAAGCAUCCCAGACUGUGGGGAGAUGGGAGGGGGCGUCACACAUUCACCUCUCACUGUGAUACAGGGAAGUGAUUCACAGAAUUUGAGUCGUGCUCUCAGCCAGAGACAUCGAUUUCUACAACCUCUCUACCAAACCCCUGCUUCUUAAGCAUUAAAAUGUUCUCCUUAA